GUUGAGUAUUUGCGUUUCAGUUAGAUAUCUUUUCUAAUUUCUAAUAAUUAAAUUUUAGAUACCUUUUCUAUUAAUGAUAUCUGUGAAUUUUCGCAAUUUGUUGGAUUAAUUAGUUACAUCAGCUUGAGGACACAUGCUCGGUACAUCAUGCCCAUAGAAUUAUAUGUAAAAAACCAGGAACUGGGUACUUUCUUAAGACUCAGAUGUGUAGUCAACUACAGUUCCAAAAUUUCGAAAGCAAAUGAAAAAACUCUUCAAGUAAGAAGUGAAAAUUUUCAUAUAAAUGACUUGGCUACUGUUCGAUUAGAAUUUGAAAACAGCAAAAGUGCUUUUACAUGCAAGAUUUUAGCAGUAAAUCAUGAAAGCGCUAAAAAUUGUAAAGUAAAAGUGAAUGUGUCUUGCCAAGACGUUGAUACUCCAUUUUAUUCAGAAUGGAUUUGUGAUGAUCAGUGGAAAGUAUUUGGGAAAAAGAGUACAUCUGAUACAGAUUUUCUGAAUGUAGUCACUGAUGUUUUAGAUAUUAAUAUUACUGCGUGUAAAGUCAUCGAAUCCUUCAUUGUGAAGCUUUACAAUGAUGUUUACUUCACUGAUUUCAAAUUGAGCACGGUUGAAGGCAGUGUACCAGUUCACCGAGCAUGUCUAGCGGUGUGCAGUGAUGUAUUCCAAGCUAUGCUUACACGAGAAUGGAAGGAGACAUCCGAAGGCCGGAUUGAGAUAGAAGGAGUCUCUUUAAGAACACUUCAGCAUCUUAAAGAUUAUAUGUAUCUGAACACGCUACCCGAAGAUGGUCUGGAGCAGUUACUGAAACUCGCUUCAUACUAUUUGAUUGAUAGUUUGAAAGCGGAAUGUGUUUCAAAGUUAGCAUUAACCUCUAAGCCGCAAGAUUGGGGUAGGCUGCUUGAGCUCUCCGUGAUAUACAAAAUACCCGAGUUAAUGUGUGCUGUGCAAAUGAUGGUGAAUCCAGCAUUGGCUUUGGACGGAAAAAUAAUAGGCUAUCUAAAUGUGUCAAAAUAACAUUCAGUGCCAGUGACCCAAUAGUAGGGUUCUCUGUUCAUAGUUGCUGUUUUUUAUAUACGGGAUUACGCUCACUGGCACUGAAUGUGUUAAUUUAAAUUAAUAUGUGACUUUCCUCGGGUAAAGUUACCUUAUGGCAGUUGGCACGUGAGUAGCACCACGUUAUUAUUGGAGCGUUGUUAAUAAUAGCGUAAGCGCCAACCGCCAUAAGGUACCUUUACCCGUGAAAUGUCACAUAAUUUUCUUUAUCUGAUACAAUUACUGUAUAAGUAUGUUGUAAAAUAUUACAUUGAAUAAUACUGGAACAUCAUUUGACAGCAAAUGGAGGAGCAAAUUUUUUUUUAUG